AAAUGUAGCCAAUAAUAGUAAUGAUACAACGCCAUAUCCUCCUCCUUCUGCACAUACAAUCUACAAAGAGAAGAGCUAAAGAGGAGGAGGAAGAGGAGAAGGAAUAGCUACCAAAAUGGACAACCCCCAAGAACGAGAAGAGGAUCCCAACCAGAUCACAGCUCCUCUGCUCGUCCCCUCCGAUCUCCCUACCGCCGCCGCUUCCUCCUCCUCGCCUCCGCCGGAUCAGGUGGAAGAGGAGGAGGAGAACUCACCCAUCGAGCAGGUGGCACUCACGGUGCCGGUGGAGGACGACCCCACGAUGCCGGUCCUGACCUUCCGCAUGUGGGUCCUCGGCACCGCCUCCUGCGUGCUGCUCUCCUUCUUGAACCAGUUCUUCUGGUACAGGAAGGAGCCGCUCUCCAUCACCUCCAUCUCGGCUCAGAUUGCGGUGGUGCCCCUCGGCCACCUCAUGGCCUCCACCAUCACCGACCGCGUCUUCUUCAAGGGAAGCCGGUGGGAGUUCACGCUCAACCCGGGGCCCUUCAACAUCAAGGAGCACGUCCUCAUAACCAUCUUCGCCAACUCCGGCGCCGGCAGCGUUUACGCCAUCCACGUCGUCACCGCCGUCAAGAUAUUCUACGGAAAGCACAUCACCUUCUUCGUCUCCCUGCUUGUCGUCAUAACCACACAGGUUCUCGGUUUCGGGUGGGCGGGGAUAUUCCGGCGGUACCUGGUGGAGCCGGCGGCCAUGUGGUGGCCGUACAACUUGGUGCAGGUCUCUCUGUUUAGGGCCCUGCACGAGAGAGAAGAUCGAGCCAAAGGCGGCAUGACCCGGAACCAGUUCUUCAUGAUGGCCUUCAUAUGUAGCUUCGCCUACUAUGUCUUCCCGGGCUACCUCUUCUCCAUGCUCACCUCCCUCUCUUGGAUCUGCUGGAUCUUCCCCCACUCCAUCCUCGCCCAGCAGCUGGGUUCUGGUCUCUACGGCCUCGGCCUCGGCGCCAUUGGCCUUGACUGGUCCACCAUCUCCUCCUACCUCGGCAGCCCACUCGCCAGCCCCUGGUUUGCUACCGCCAACGUUGCCGCUGGCUUCGUGCUCAUCAUGUAUGUCGUCACCCCAACCGCAUACUGGCUCGACUUGUACGACGCCAAGACCUUCCCCAUCUUCUCGGAUGGCCUCUUCACCUCCACGGGGCAGAGUUACAACAUCUCGAGCAUCAUAGACUCCAAUUUCCACCUCGACAUCGAGGCCUACGACAAGAACGGUCCGCUCUAUCUGAGCACCUUCUUCGCGGUGACUUACGGCGUCGGCUUCGCAUCUCUCACGGCCACCAUCUCUCAUGUCCUUCUCUUUCACGGAAGCGAGAUAUGGCAGAUGAGCAAGUCGGCAUUCGAAGAGAAGAAGAUGGACAUCCAUACGAAACUGAUGAGCAGAUACACUCAGGUCCCUCAGUGGUGGUUCAUCGUCAUCCUCGUCGCCAACAUCGCUCUUACCAUCUUCGCCUGCGAGUACUACAUCGAUCAGCUCCAGCUGCCCUGGUGGGGUGUGCUGCUAGCCUGCUUCAUUGCCAUUUUCUUCACGCUUCCCAUCGGAAUCAUCACGGCCACCACGAACCAGACGCCAGGCCUAAACAUCAUUACAGAAUACGUCAUGGGGUACCUGUAUCCCGGCCGCCCGGUCGCCAACAUGUGCUUUAAGGUAUACGGCUAUAUCAGUAUGACACAGGCGUUGACUUUCUUGCAAGACUUCAAACUGGGGCACUACAUGAAGAUACCUCCCCGAACUAUGUUCAUGGCUCAGGUUGUAGGCACCUUAGUUGCGGCAAUCGUUUACUUGGGCACAGCAUGGUGGCUCAUGGAGACGAUUCCCAACAUCUGCAACACCGAGCUCCUGUCUUCGGACAGCCCAUGGACGUGCCCUAGCGACCAUGUGUUCUACGACGCGUCCGUCAUAUGGGGUCUCAUCGGCCCUCGCAGGAUCUUCGGCGACCUCGGCACCUACUCAGCCAUCAACUGGUUCUUCCUGGUCGGCGCUGUGGCGCCGCUGCUCGUCUGGCUGGCACACAAGGCCUUCCCAGGCCAGGACUGGAUCCGUCUCAUCAACAUGCCCGUCUUGAUCGGCGCCACCGGCAUGAUGCCGCCGGCGACGGCUGUAAACUACACCACAUGGAUCAUCGUCGGCUUCUUCUCGGGCUACGUGGUCUACCGCUACCGGCGCGACUGGUGGACGCGGCACAACUACGUGCUCUCGGGGGCUUUGGAUGCUGGCCUCGCCUUCAUGGCCGUGCUGCUGUACCUGUGCUUGGGAUUGGAAGACAUCAGCCUCAACUGGUGGGGGAAUGACUUGGAUGGCUGCUCUCUGGCUUCUUGCCCCACCGCCAAGGGUGUGAUAAUUGAAGGUUGCCCUGUGUCCUGAUCUCAUGCCAAAUUUUGCCUCGAAAUGGCAGCAUAUAUAUAGAUCGAUUGAUCGUUUAAAAUUGUGAAUAUGUAUCAAAGA